AUGAUCUCGACGCUUGCAUGGAGCUCGAAAAUCUUCGACCAGGAGAUCGUUGCAGUCGUGAUCGUCUCUACUCUACUCUCUAUCGGAUUCUCCUGCACCGGUCAAGCGCUAGAAUUUCAGGCAAACGCUCCCCCUGCUAGAAUGAAGAGCUGGAUCCGAGACGCGCAGUGGGAGUCAGGGUUCUGCUUCAACAAGCACGUCGUCCUGCUGGGCUUCAACGAGACAGGACAGCAGAUAGCAGAAUUCUUUCGACACAAGGGACAAGAUGUUGUGAUGAUCGACCUGGACCCGGAGCUUUUCGUGGUGCUCAAGAAACUUUAUCAUGGAGCCGAAGUCAAGAUAGCCAUAGGUUGGCUCCUAGGGUACGCUGACUUGAGCGCGGAGCUUUCCUGCGCUCUUGAAAGACCAUCCAUGGGCAACAUCGAGGACGAGGGGAGUGACCCACAGGCUCCCAGCCAUUCCAAGGAUGCAGAUUUCAAUUCCUCCGCGCACGCUGCUGGAAGCCCUCCAGCGAAUGGCUGCGGACAGUCUCAAACGACAACAAAGCACAUCUCUACAGCUAAAUACUGCUGCACUCCUUUAGCCAUGAAGGGCUGGAGCUCGAGUGGAGGCACGGGUACAAACAUCUUUCCUGUGUACGCAGACCCCGAGAACCGCGAGACGUGGGAGGCUUUCAACCUCGCCAACGCAGCGCUGGUCGUGUCCUGCAUGGUCGACGGGCAAGAGGCUGAGGUCCUUGGGUCCCUCGUGCAGGUUCAGCUCGCGGAGAAGCUCAAGGAGGCUGGCGUCCCUUUCAUGGCUGUGACCAACAGCAACAACGAGGCCCGGGAGCUCUACGCCCAUGGCUGCGCCUAUGCCAUCCAGCAGGAGUACCUCGCGUCAUGCCUGCUCAAGAAGCUCUUGCUCAUGGAGGUGGAGGCGGAAAUCGACAAGAACAGGCAAGACCUCCACUCAUCGUCAGUCUAUCUUGACAGACUUGUAGCUUCUUCACCGGCCAUCGCAUGCAUCACAUCGCCAACCUCGAGGAGCAAGAGCAUAUCGAAAAUCUUCACAAGCUCAGCAACUUUCUUUGAAAACAAGACGGCUGUCGACAAGAGGAAGCAACGUCAAGUGCUUAUUCGUCAAGUUAGGCAAAGUGUAUCAAUUUGUGGAGCCAUGGCAGAACUCGCGGAUGCAGUUGCUCGCGCUCGUUCUCGAAAGCUGAGACUCUGUAAGGAGCAGGAAGAUGCUCAUCGCAUAAGGAGGCCGGAGGACCAACGCAAGAAUUACCAACAGAGAAGAUUUGAGCUGACAAUGAAGAUGAAACAACAAAAGGCGUCAAAGGAAAAAGAGUUGGAGCACAUUCGAAACGACGUUGUUACGCUGAAGCAAGAGCAUCGACGACUUCAGAUCAGAAUGGAAGAGAUGGCUAGGACACAAUUAUUGGACUGGAAGUCAUUGCCAAGCGCGGAGGCUUUCAUAGAACGUGAGGGGUCGCUGCUGUUGGACUCGGCGCGCCCAGACGUCGUCUUGUUCGUCUGCGAGCAAGAAAUCGAGAAGCUCACGGCCAGUCAAGAACAAAAGCAGCUGAGUGUAGACGUCGUAGCCCAGGACAUGCAAGGCUUGCAGAUGAAUCAAGCUCGUCUCUCCCGACUGCUACCCAUGGCAAAGCUUCUGAAAGUAGUGUGCGACCUCAGAGCGGAACUGAUUCGAAAGAGAGAAAGAGAUUCCUCGAUGACACGUGAAGCUUCACAUCGGGAUGCGAUCGUGCGCCCUGAAGAGCAAGAGCUUGCCAUGAGCAAUCCAGCCGAGACAAGCCAACAAAUAGAGGUCGAGACUCCAACAGUGUGCUCGAGGUGUACCAAGGAAUACUUUCCCAGCAAGAACACUCCUACAUCUUGCAGGUUUGACGAUUACAUGACGCUCAGACACGAGUGA